CACUCUGUUUCAAGCUGUCACCAGAAAUGUCGUCUUCUUCUUCUUCUUCUUCUUCUUCUUCUUCUUCAUUGCUUAAACCCAUUUAUUCAAUUUCCUAUUAACGAGCCUUGCGCGAGAGAUAGAGAGAGAGAGAUCUGAAUUCGGCGUUGGGACAAAGGCGGCUGAUCAAAUGAUUCGUAUUGUUCAAAUCGCGUUUCUUCUUCUUUGUCUCGUUCUCGCCGUCGCCGGGAUCUCGAUCUCUACGGCGAUCUCAGAGAAAGAGACUAUAUACGAUAUCCUCCAGGCGAAUGGUUUGCCGCAGGGGAUAUUCCCGAAAGGAGUCAGGGAACACAACUACGACGCCGCAACGGGACGCUUCUCGGUUUCUUUGGAUCAUUCGUGCGACGCUAAAUACGAGUCUGAGCUGCAUUACGACGCCAAUAUCAACGGGACGAUUGGUUCGUCUCAAAUCUCGGAUUUAUUGGGAAUCUCGGCGCAGGAGCUUUUCUUGUGGUUUCCUGUUAAAGGAAUCCGAGUCGACGUCCCGAGCUCUGGUCUUAUUUACUUUGACGUUGGUGUCGUUCGCAAGCAGUACUCUUUGUCUUUGUUUGAGACACCUAGAGAUUGUGUUGCUGUUAACAAGGUUCAGUCACUUAUGUUGCCAUUGUAUCAAGUAGAUCAAAAUCUUGGGAGAAACGUUAUUUAGCACAAGUAUGAGGAAUUUGUUGUUAUACCAAAUACCAGAGAGAGAAAAGGAAGAUUAGAUGAUGCUCUCAUCAAAUUCUUGAAGAUACUUACAACAACUGUUUUUGGUCUCAAAUCUUAGGCAAAAUUUCUUUCAUUCUUUCCCUCCCCAUUCCCAGUUUUGUUUUUCUGUGUUUCAUUCUUAGAUUGCACCGGGGACUGAAACCAGAGGAGAGAAUCCUGUGGUUUUUGAAAAGAUGCUCAAAGAGAUGGCCUCAGAUUUAGUUCAAGUGAUGAUUACUUGUGAGGUGAUGAAUGAAUGGUUUUGGUUUGUGUUGUAUUUUUGUGUCAUGUGUCUCUAAACAAAAAUAUAAUAAAAAUCCUUAUAUAUUUAUUUAGCCAAA